GUGUACGUUCAUUGGUCGCGAUCCUUGGUUGCCGUUCUAUGGUGGACACAAUGCCUAGCGGCUGGAGAUCAAACUUGGCUUAUGGAGAGAGCCCGAGCGGUCAGAACGUCGAGCUUGAGGAUGAUAUCGAUGAGGAUCCAGUGGAUGUGCCUGAGGAGGAACUUGAGGCUGAGGUGGAUGACUUCUUGGGACGGGCUGAAUAUGCGAUGGAGAGGGAGGUGGAUGGACAAGAUCAUGACGAGAUGGAUGGACAAGAUCAUGACGAGAUAAGCACUUCUCAUCUAGAAGAUGCUCCAGAGCCGACUCGGCCUACUCAGCCUCGCGACUUUGGUCUCGCCUUAUGAGCGUUGGACUCCGGAGCAGAAGACAAGAUGUCAGCGUCUUCGGCCACGCCUUAGGCGUCCAGCUGUCAUCGAAGAGGAUGAGGAUGAGGAACAUGCGGCAAGGAGGAGGAAGAAUGAACAACGCUCAGAAGGCUAAUCACGAGCGCCUCUCAAGAAAUGUG